CCGUGAAUGCUGUUCCUUUGAGAUAGAAUAUUUAGACAGAGGAUCAAUCGGUUGCAAACGUUUUCUCUUGGUUCCUUAACAAUGCGUACUCGAAAUUAUUCUCAAUAUGUGCACAAUAGAUAGAGCGAGCAGUACAAGUAUCGAUGAAAGAAAAUUCAAGAUUGUCAAAGUACAAUAAUUCCGAAGAAAUUUGUAUUGUAUAGGGGGCAGCACCUCCUUGAUGAUAUUGCUGGCGCCAUCUACCAAAAAUUGCCCAAGUUUAUCGACGAAUUAGUUCCAAAUUAAUUUUGCUCUUAUAGAGGAUAGCAGCCUCGUUCUCAGAAAUUUCUUGAAAAUAUUCCAAAACAUUCAUUUAUAACGAAGUGAUAAUUCUACAUAAUUAAGAUGUUUUUCUUUGGAUAUUACUUACAUGAUGCAAUAUUUAAUAUUCCACUUACUUCUUGAAUUAAUUUCUAUUGGAAUUAUGAUACAAUAAAGUUCCCUCGAACUUUUCAUGGAAUGUUAUUUAGAACGAGUGCAUAAAAGUGACAUUUGAGUGCAUUUUCUUAGCGAGUGAUUUCUCCUGUAUUUGUUAAUCUGUUUGCUAUUUUUUCACUUCAAUUAUUGUAGUAUACACUGUAAGAAAUGCACCUGAACUCAUUGCAGUUGUCAGUUAUCUAACCUCUAUAGAAAAGAACUGUUUAUCCUCUAAGUUUAAAUUUAAUAUCAUUGAAUGAGAAUUAAAAAAUGAUUAUUUCGUUUUGAGAUGUUGUACCAAGAUUCACCGUUUUCGACCAUGUAUGGUCAGGAUGAUUAUGAUAUUGAUGAAGACAACGAGGAGUAUUUAGAAGAUGAUCGUGACGCAGAAGAACAAGAUGAAAGCGAUGAAGACACCGAAGAAGCAAGUGAAACGGAUGUGGGAAAGUCCGAAGAAUAUACAGAAAUAAAAGAACAAGUAUAUCAAGAUAAAUUGGCCAGUUUGAAGAAACAAUUGCAGCAACUGAAGGAUGGUACCCAUCCUGAGUAUAAUCGGAAGUUAAAACGCUUGGAGGCUCAGUACAAAGAAAGACUAAGGUUGAAUACAAUUUACCGGGAAUACCUAACCGAAUCGGUGGAAAGGGACUACAUAUUGGAGAAGAGAGCAGCAGUUAAGGAAUUCGAAGAAAAGAAAAUUGACCUGAAGGAGAACCUGCUAACCGACAUGGAAGAGAAAAGGAAAAUGAUAGAAAGCGAUCGUCACACUAUGGAACUCACAGGCGAUUCGAUGGAGGUGAAGCCUGUAAUGACACGAAAACUGCGUAGACGUCCUAACGACCCUGUUCCCGAAAAGGUAGAAAAACGAAGAAAACCUCCUCCCGCGCAAUUGAAUUAUCUCUUAGACGAAAAAGAGAUUGAGAGCGAUUUAAAAGCUAUUAGCCGCGGUAAAGUACUGCCCACUGUUCGAAAACCAGUAAAUAUGCCUUCGCAACAUAUUCCUCCAGCUUCCGAGACGCCAUUAGUAGAGACUAGGAUAGAAGAUGGAAAACUUCUACACGAGAGGCGAUGGUUUCACCGUGGUCAACCAGUCUACGUCGAAGGGAAAGAUAUGUCAAGAUUCGCAGCAAAUAUUUCUGCCAUCGGAACCGAGGCUAUCUGGGUGAAGAAGGUUUCGGACGGGAGCAAAGUUCGGAUAUACAUAUCUCAAUUGAGUCGUGGGAAGAUAUCGAUUAAAAGAAGAGCGUCCUAGUGGGGAACUGAUCGCUAAUUAGAGCGGAAAAGUGUUCAGUUAUUGUUAAGCUUGUGAUAUACUAGACUAAUAGAUUUGUACGUCUAUUUUCGAAAUCAAAUAGAGUUUUUACUGUACUUGUCUUUUGCAACCAAUAAAAUUAAAGCUUUCGGUGACACUGGAAUGGUAA